CAGUAUAGAAGGAGACAGAUGGGGAAGAAGGGCAAGGCGGCGGCGAGGGAGCGCCGGGAGGAGCGGCGGCGGGAGGUCACGCUCCUCCGCGCCGUACCCUACGAGCCCCACCAGCGGUGGUGGGACGGCCUUGCGCCGGCCCGCGCCGUGGCGGUGGUGACGGGGGCCAGCCGCGGCAUCGGCUACGAGAUCUCCCGCCAGCUCGCGCGCCACGGCCUCCACGUCGUCCUCGCCUCGCGCGACGCCGCGCGGGGCCGGGACGCCGCGGAGAGGAUCCUCCGGGAGGCCGAGGAGGCGGGCGCGGAGUGGCGGCAGCUCGACGUGGCGGACGCCGCGUCGGUGGAGGCCUUCGCCGCCUGGACGGCGCGGACCCACGGCGGCAUCCAUAUCCUUGUUAACAAUGCAGGUGUAAACUUCAACAGAGGAGCAGAUAAUUCUGUUGAAUUUGCUGAGCAAGUUAUCCAGACAAAUUAUUUUGGUACAAAGCGCAUGAUUGAAGCCAUGCUACCAUUAUUGAAACCUUCUCCGUAUGGUGCCCGGAUAGUGAAUGUGAGCUCAAGGCUUGGUAGGGCUAAUGGCAGACGCAAUAAAAUCGGUGAUGCAAGCCUAAGAGAGCAACUAUUAAGUGACGAUUGUUUAUCUGAGGAAUUGAUUGAUGGGAUGGUCACCAAAUUCCUUGAACAAGUGAAGCAAAAUAGUUGGUCCUCCAUUGAGUGGCCUCAGAUGUACACGGACUAUUCCGUAUCAAAGCUUGCUGUUAAUGUGUAUACAAGACUCAUGGCAAGGAGGCUUUCUGACAGGUCUGAAGGCCAAAAGAUUUACAUUAACUGUUUCUGUCCUGGCUGGGUAAAGACUGCCAUGACUGAUUGGGAAGGGAACAUUUCAGCCGAAGAAGGUGCUGAUAGUGGAGUGUGGCUCGCCCUAUUAUCACAGGAACUAUGUACAGUUGGAAAGUUCUUUGCCGAGAGACGAGAGAUAAGCUUCUGAGGUGAUCAAUAUAUGGCUGGAAUGGUGGAUCUGCGAGUGUCAUGUUCAUGAAUAGCAAUCCAGAUGAUUGGCUGACUCCAGGCGGUCAAGGAGCAUCGGGUCUUCACAUUGAUGGAAGCCUCACUCUCUCUAAUUUUCUCAAUAGAUGAUGCCAUACAAAUGUCUCAUGGCCGUGAAUGAAGUGGCUGGAAACAGGGGAAUGUUCACCAGGAUCACCAGCCCAGAAGGGCAACAGGCAGGCAUGGCAAGCUGGACUGUUGCACUGAAUAAGUGAAUAUAUGAUUAGGCUGGAUCUCAAGCAGCUCCACUAUCAGAUCCUCACAUCAUCUUGCAUGUAGGGGUGGAUUCUUACAACCCUAUGGAUCGGCUCAAUUUACCGGUGAUGCAGACCAUCAAUAUGUUUGGGAACUGGUCAAAACUGCCUUGGGAAUUCCAGAGCUAUGCUUAUGGCUAUGCCGUUCAUGCCCACUUUGGUUUGUUGAAGCCAGUGACGCGUUGCGUUGCUAUCCAAGAUAUGCAUAGUUGGAUCAUAUGAUUUGGCUAGCUGCUGAUUUUGAUGUUCUGGUUGGAUCGUGUGAUUUUGGCAUGCACUGUGUAGUAGAGUGCCGUUGCAUCUUUUUCUUGAACGUGCUCAUGUACAAGUGCUGUUCGUCAGCGACAAUAUAUGUGCGUGUCUCACGAGUCCAUAAGAUAUAGAAUUGUUAAAUACGAACGUAAAA